UGUCUGAGUCCUGGGCUGCAGGUCCCUUUCUGCUCUCCAUUCACCGUCAUGUUUCAGGAGAGUAUAGUUCUCUGUUUCACGGAAGAGACUAUGGAACACAGAAGACAAGAAGCAUCCUUGGAUCAAGGGGAGAAUACCCCACAAGAUACAGAACACACAUUCCCCUAGUGACCCAAUGACCUUCUCCUGUUCAUCUUGGUUACAGUAGGGGCUCCCUACAAGGCAGGCCUCUUUCUGGCUCCUCACAGAGCCGUUCAAACCUCCGCUGUUGGCCCUAAGAUGAAGGUGGUUACAAGGAUUCCAGGUUUUCAGGAUCAAGUGCUAUCUAAAAAUGAGUUCCCACCAGCAGAAGCAACCAUGCACUGCACCCCCUCAGCUGCAACAGCAUCAGGUGAAACAGCCUUGCCAGCCACCACCCUCGGAACCUUGUGCCCCCAAAACCAAGGAGCCUUGCAACCCCAAUGUUCCUGAGCCCUGCAACCCCAAGGUUCCAGAGCCCUGCCAGCCUAAGGCUCCAGAGCCCUGCCAGCCUAAGGUGCCUGAGCCCAGCCAGCCCAAGGCACCUGAGCCUUGCCAGCCUAAGGCGCCUGAGCCCUGCCACCACAAGGCACCUGAGCCUUGCCACCCCAAGGCACCUGAGCCUUGCCACCCCAAGGCACCUGAGCCUUGCCACCCCAAGGCACCUGAGCCUUGCCACCCCAAGGCACCUGAGCCUUGCUUCAAACUUGACUCAACAGGUUUCCACUUGGCUGACAGACACAUCCAAGAAUCAGCUGCUGACUACAAUCUGCUCCAAAUGACUUUGAGUCCUGGACUUGCUGAAGCUGAUGUGGACCAGACCAGCUUAUGUGAAAGUUCCCUGUCUCUGUAG